AUGACUGACAUCAUACACGAGCACACCCUUGUGGUUUUAUCUAUCCAAGGAGGUACUCAGAACAAUAACGAAAGACUAGAGAUACACGACAGUGCGCAGGGGACCUACCCAGACAUCCGUGAUUUUAUGAAGAUCGAGAUCCUAAACCUCCCAUACUUCAAUCUCCUCCUCGUAAACUCCCAGCUGAACGCAGAGUACAAGCAAGCCGCCUGCUUCACCGACCUAGAAGCCCGCUGCACAUUCAGCAUCUCCAAUCCAAAUCCUCCGCGCAGGUCUCUCCGCAGAACACCGCCUAUCCGCUCCGUCCAUGAAGUCGCAUUCUGGAGACACGCCUUCCCGCACCACCUCACCUUCGUAUACAUCUGGCCCGCCGACGACAUCUCCUGGCAAACGCCCGACACCGUCUCCGUAGCCGACUCGCUCUCCCCAUCGCGCCUGAAGACCUUCCGCGUGUUCCAGCGCUCCCGCUGCGACUACUUGACCCGCCCUGACCAGUCUCCCGUCUCGCCGUUGCACUUCGCGCCCAGCCCACGCAUCUUGCGCUUUCUGCCCAAGAUGCCGUCGCAGGUGGGUCGGCUGCACAUGAUUCAGCUUGGCGAGGGUUUGCGAUAUGGACAAGGAGUGCGUGGGUCAACGCAGAUCGCUGGUGAGACGGUGAGUGUGCACGACGUUCGCCGCAUUGGGGUGUAUGCGUAUGGGAACGGAGAUAGGAAGGCGCUGAGGCGGUUGUGGACGCGGGACGAGGUGCUUGCGUUGGAUGAUGCGUUUUCCCCGUGUAUAGGUUAUGGGCCGGAGGCGUUGGGGGUGGUGACGCCGGAAGUGAGGAAGGUCUGUGAAGUGCUACCUGGUAUGCUGACAGGGUGGAAGGAGAAGCGGCGGGUAUAG